UUGUAUAUCAAGGACAAACCCUCAACCAGUCAUGCCUCUUCGACAGCGAAACAUCCAAAACUGUUUGAAGAGAGUUCAUCGGAAGAAAGCGACGAGGAAAAAAACCAACUAAGUAUUAUAAAUCGACAUGUAGGGAAGAAAGGUGAGAAGCUCAUGAAAAUGGAGGCACGCUUCAACUCUGAUUCACGUUUUCAUCUUGAUGAAAAAUUUAUUUCCAGUGGAAGUGAAGAUGAAGAAAACGAUGAAGUUACUCAGGAACGUUCAAAGAAUCUGGAGUUGCUGUCGAAAGUGCUUGGUAGUACAGUAAAGCCACAAAAGAAGACUUUGAAGACGUCCAAGAAGGAAGGAACAAAUGGACUGAUAAGUUUUCGUCCUUUCACUAGGUUCGAUCCUUUCAACGAAGAGCAUGUCAAGUGGGUGCAAAAGGAGGAGGCUGCAGCAAAGGAGGAUGAGAAGAAAGAUGAAUCCGAUGAAGGGGCUGCAGCAAAGGAAGAUGAGAAAAAAGAUGAAUCCGAUGGAGAGCCUGCUAAUGAAUCAAAUGAUAGAAAAGAUGAGAAGGGGUCUAAUGUUAUUCAUUACGAGAUGCAAGCCGAUUUUGCUGAAGAACUGAAGGCACGACUAGCCGGACAAACUGCAGAGGAUUCGAACGAUGGUGGCAAAGCUAGUGGUUUUUCAUUUCUGGCUAUGAUGGGUAGAGCUGCACCAAGUGCUACAUCUGAGUUGAAAGCCAAUGGUGUGAAGGAAGAAAAUAUCUUAGCAAACAAGAAAAUGAAGAAAAUAUUCGCAAAUGACGAAGAAAUGGAAGAAGAGAAAAGCAAUGGUAGUAAUGCUAAAGUUGCAGCGCUAGCACCAAAAUUGGCUGCUUCUACGACAAAGUUCUUUGUUACGGGUGAUGAGCCACAUUUACAAAGUCUAGUCAGUAACUUCAAACGGACGCAAUCUUUGGAGAAGAUUGUUCCACGCUGGGCUAAUCAACGAGACGUUUUUGCUAAGAAUUAUAAGCAUCUUCGGAAAAUGGCACUUAGAAAAAACAGGCAAGAAUUGCUACAUGAAAAUGGCCAUGCGGCGUCGAAGGGUGUAGACAAAAAGGGGAGAAGCUUCCCCACGAAGAGGAAAGCCGAGAGCUAA